CAUCGUUAGUUAAGCAAUUGGAAAGGGCACCCUCCUGUCGACAUGUGUUUUAGGAGCACGCAUCCAGGUUCGCAUUUGUGUUACGCUCCUAGACAUCAGAACCGCACUCUAGGACAACACCACAUGUGAGACUGCUCGUCUCCAAAGGUAGCAAGCAACGCGUGAGCAAGCACUAUGCCUCAAGCACCACAAGCGACAGAGGGUUUCGACGCAGUCAGCCCUGCCGGAAAAAUCCUUGCUUGAUUGACAUCGAAACAGCAAAUGCCGGUCCAGUCGCCACUGCGCGCUGAUCCAGUGAGACACGUAACUUCCCUCCAUCACAGACAUCGUAAGUCAAAUAGAAAGUUUCUGUGUAGAGCUUGUGAUCGAUUCCCGGGGAACUCGGGGGGGUGGCUGACUAAAACAGCUUUUCGACUUGGAAUUUGACGAUGCCACGCGUAAGUCAUUCGCCUGAUGAUGUGGGUUUUUAUUCAUCGAUAACACUCUACGUUGAAACAUUUCCUAGCAAAGGCUUUUGAGCUUUUUUGAGCUUCUGCACCGCUCUGGGAGCUGUCACAGAUACUGAACCACUUAAACUACACCUUGGCUCUGCGAUGUCGUCGCUGAUGUAGAUUCAAGGAUGGUGCCCGUACCAAGUGGCCGGAUUUUUCAGGGUCUUCGUUGGCAAGUAUUCACACAGUGCGCUUGCCUUUGCAUGGUUUUGGAGACAUCACAGUUGCUGUCCACUGUCGCAGCCAGCGUCCUUUCACUAGUCUGUGGCAUUCCCUACUUGGCCGCAUAUGCCGACAACUGGUGCGGGUGAAAUGAUGAUUGUUCUCAGGAUGCCGUCGGACCUAGAGACAAUGCGGGCAAUUCAGCGCCACAUUCCUGCAGGAUGUAGUUUCCUCUGGUUGAUUUCUACUGCUCUGUGGCUGAUCAUGGCAGUACAGACACGUUUCGUCGACGGUGCCUCAGAAAAUCCAGACAUUGUUCUUUCCUCUCGAGUAGCGAAUCUCCAACAAGCAAUGAGAGGAGUACGCGCAGCAGCGAGACAACUCACAAAUGCACGACAAGCUCACGCCGAUACCUUUCAGUUGUUUAUCCAAGAAAAACGGUCCAUGCAAGCUCAACAAAGUGUGGAUUUGGCGAGACUGCAGUCUCUGAGGGAAGGAGUACAGAGCGCAGCGGCCAAUAUCACAGAGAAGAAGAUGCAGCUGGCCAGCAAGCUAGGGGAGCAAAAACAAUGUAUGGAGGCAGCUAGGGUCGCGGUCGCGACUGGACGCGCCGAGCCCGGACUACGAACGCAAGCCCUGCGACAACUACGCCGCGGUCAUCAUAUCGCAAAAGAAGCCGAAGACACCCUAAUAAACUCGACAUAAUUUUGAACUUCGUAACGGCACUCCUCAGCUUUCAUAUCGUGCACAUCACUGAUGUGCCAUGACCGAAGGAAGCUGGUCGGUGGGAUUCUUCGACAGAACAUGCAAACCAGUGAUACUCAUGUUUUCGUUCCGGCUCUCCACCAAAGUGCAGAGAUGACAUGGGAUCGGCAAGACUCGUCUAUUUUGCAGCAAUGUUCCUGUGGACAAUUCAUGGCAACUGCAAACGAAUGCCGAAAGGUAUUGCGCCAAUUCGAGUUACGUGUCCUCGACACAAAUGGACCGCCGCUCACCGUAGUUCUGUACAGUACAAUGGCAUAUGCUCGUGUGGUGGGCGGUCUCGAAACCAUUGUCUGACGGAAUAAGUUCGUCUCUGAUCUGAAUUUGGUCGUGUGCUUGUGGUAGUGGAGUGAAAAUGGAACGAUAGUUGUCGCAGAUUGCAGUUUCCGCCACCUUGUAUCACUGCGUAGGGGUUAUGUCUCGGCUAGUUCAUAGCCGGGGUCUGUUUAUGAAGAUGUGUUGAUGCAUCGAUGCCGGUGCUGUCAGCCUGCGACCUGGCAUUCUUAUCCGAGCUGAACUGCCGAGGAGGGCAUGGCUGAAGAAGUGGCAAAAAACGAAGGAGGAUCGUGGACGCGGUCGUCCCUAACAAGCAUGCAAGCGCUUGCUGCUUCAGAUGGGUUAUCAGUGAUGCUCUUUCGGCGUUGUGCCCGAGAAGCAACCGUCAGUGUUGGUAACUCAGCCAGGGUGGGCUGUUAGAUGCAGUUGCAUAUGCAAGAUUCAAUCGUUCAAGAAUCGGUCUGAUUAUGUUUAACGGUGAUUGUCAUAGAGCGACUUACACGCUGAAGCGGUACUGCCUGACGGCAUUCUGAAUUCAUUCGACUGCCGUGGCAUCACCUAUGCCCUGUCGUGUACGAUAUCGAAUAGCCUCGUACCUAUAAUACAACUCGUUCCAUUUCGGAGCGUUCGAGUAUGGGAAGAUAAGAACAUAUUCUGCCAAAGCCCCAUACUCUGCGCCCCAGCGUGGCUACGGUACAGCCGAUUCUUAUCGGAGUGUGUGCAGCUAAGGCGUAUGCUCACGCAUUUCUCACUAACAAAGAAUGCGCAAGCUUCUGACAGGAUCGUUCCCGUGUGCGUUAGAAACAAUAUAAUUUGCCCAAUCAAGACGUGGGAGCGAUCGGCAAGGUGAGAGUGUAUGCGUGCCACAAUUUGGCAACAACCAGUCUCAUACAAUCUUUUGAGAAUUCCUGGAUCGGAUGCUACCGCUGUUAGUGGCGGGCAUUCCCGACUUUAGCGCAUUUGUGAAGCCACAACACCAGAGCAAAUACUUCCCCUCUUCCAAGCCGUGAGUAAGGACUCGUCACCUACAGGCGACGUUAUCGUCAAGAAGGAUGUGGAAGAUGCUUGUUCAUGAGGAAUGGUCCGAAGAAGAGGCAAGUGGAAAGACAGACACGAGCGUUCCUCUGAAACGCCAAUGAAAAUUGUAUCUAUAGUCGCGGGCGUCUCUAUACUCACGAAGAACGCAGGCUUCCUCAUCUCUGUUUGCCGUAGGAAACAUGAACACAAACAUUCAGCGGCACAGCGGCAUCCUCUUGCAUCGCUUGAAAGCAACGAAUCCGCACUAUGAUUUGAAAAGUCGGAAUAAACCCACGAAUUGCUUUCUAAUCGCGUGGAUACGCCGUAUGACUUAGCAUUUUACUUUGGGAAGGCGGUCGUGUGACGCCCGUGACGUCCCCAAUGGACUUGAGUAUGUAAAAAGAGUUAUUCGACACAAGAACACGGAUUAAGUCUGUCGUGACAAUAUUCCAUCCAAAUGAUGUGUGAAGGAUGGAAUGAUGGGUAAGACAAGCCGCAGCUUUUGUGGCUGUCACAAGAUUUUCCGUGGCUUUCUCCACUCAUAUUACCAUGUACGAUGAAUACGUAGCAUCACGGUCAGCGGAUCGUCUUUGGGUUUAAACACAUAUAACUUCACGAGUCUUCCGAAAACACGUUUUCGUCAUCUGCAGAGACCGCGUACAGCAUGAACUGUGCCGCGCGUGAGAUAUCCUAUGAUUCCUUGCGAUGUGCGCACCAUACUGGACUGGUUGCCCUACUUUACUACAGAACCGCUUAAAGACG